UAAAUAAAUGUAUAAGUAAAUAAGUAAAUAAAUAAAAUAUAUAAAUAACCAAAGAGGUUGGGUUAAUUUAUUAGUUGUAGUGUUAUAGGCACUUGGUGUAUGCUAAUUAUUAUUAUAAUUUGUUGACUCCAUAAUUAGAUUAUAAUAGCAUUUUGGUCUUUUGUAUAAUUGUUGUUGUUUAUUGUUUCUUACAAAAUGCCUCCCAGGAAGGCUCAGCGGAAAAAAGGGGUGCGGGUGGUCAAGCAAACUACAAAGCGCCCUCUACCACAGGAGAACCUGUCUUCUGACAAAGAGGAGGAUUUUGGGACCAUCCGUGCCUUGGUGGCUAGGGUGGAGGCGCUGGAAAAGGAACGCAGACAGCCCCUGGAUGCUGAGGCUGGCACAAGUACCGCUCCAGCAGGUAAGAAAUCUGCACGGUUGGCUUCCAAAAAGCCUAAAAAUCGUAUUCUUGCUGAUUUAGUUUCUAGAGUCGGGGUUCUGGAAGCUGUGGUACCCAGUGAGGAGCCAGCAAUCCGUACGCAUACUGCGUGUUUACCAGCUGAUCAAGCACCUAUUUCUGCUGUCACACCUUCAGUUCUGUCAGCUGCCGGGCAUAUGCGAAGUCAGCAGCCAGUUCCGCAUGAUGCUGCAGCGUUUACUCCAAUGGUUUCUGGGUUUGCAGCACCUUCUGUGAUUGCCUCUCCUUCGGCGUAUACAGGUUUGACAAACAUCCCAAUUCCUGUCAGGAUUGUCUUGUGUGGCCACUCAAUUGUGUUUUGGGCUCAUCGGAGGGCAUCCUCGUCUGUUUAUGGAACACAGCUGCAGCUUUCUGCCACAGCUACGAUUCAGUGGGAAGCCCGGAGGGGCAUGUUAUGGGAUGCGUUGCUGCCUGCUGUGUGCCGGAUCAUGUCAUUGGCUGACAGGCCGCACAUAUUGUUAAUUCAUUUGGGUGAAAAUGAUUUGGUGCAGCGUCCUGGGUUGGAUUUGCUGCUAAAAGUUACGUGUGAUCUCACGUGGCUUAUUAGAUCAUAUCCCCAUCUUCUGCUUGUAUGGUCUGAAAUGCUUGUUAGAAGGGUUUGGAGGGGUGCUGUUCACCCCAAUAAGAUAGAUAGAGCUAGGAAAUGGGUCAACAGGAAGGUUAGGGAUUUAGUUUUGUCUCUUGGUGGGGCAGUUCUUUCUCAUGAUAGGAUUAGGUUCCAUGCCCCACAUCUAUUUCGAGAUGAUGGUGUUCAUCUUUCUGAGCAAGGGUGUGACCUGUUUUUGGAGGAUCUUAUGGGGGGAUUAAGGGGAUUGUUAUCCUCAUUGGGUGGAGGGGACCAAGCUUAAGCUGAUCCCCUCUUGUGGCAUAGAAUUCGGGCAGGUGAGGUAUAUGGGGGUUAAAAUUAGGUGGUUAAGGCAUCAUGAAAAAGGGGCACUUCCUAGGGAACCAUCAGGGCUUUGUGUCCGGUGGGGAUCUGUGUUGUGUCCUUGUGGGACCGGCUUGCGCAUCAUGGUGAACGCCUGUACGACAGGGCCAUGGUGUGGGGGUUGGAACCACACAGCUGGCUCCAGGAGCAAGGAGGGAGGAAUUCACCCACGUCCUUGACUAUGGAGUCACGUGAUGAUGAGAAGUGAUGCCUUAAGAAGGUGAGGGUGUAAUCCCUCGUUGUUAGGUUUAGCCUCACCUGCCCGAAAAGAUAUAGAUUUGAAUAAUUGGCUGUAUUGCAUUGGAUUUAGGAUGUUAUAUUUUAAUAAAUAUAACAUUAUACCAGUUUGGUGUCAUGAGUCU